AUGGCUCAGUUCAAAUGCCCGCGCAGUGUAAUGAUCGCAGAGCCGAGUCAAUGUGGAAAUACGACGUUCACAAAACUAUUACUUCAGUAUGCAGACGUUUUGUUUGAAAGACCUAUUCGUAAAAUUGUGUACUGUUAUGGGCAGUGGCAAGAAUGCUUUCAGGACAUGGCGUCACAGAUUACGUUUUUAGAGGGUAUUCCUGAAGAUAUUCCGGCUUUAUUUCCAGUAGAUUAAUGAGGAAUUGUAGCGAGGACGAACGUAUUCUGGACCUGUUCACAAAAGUGUCUCAUCAUUGUGAUGUCACCUGCAUCUACGUGACGCAGAACCUUUUCCCACCGGGAAAAUUUUCAAGAAGUAUUUCUCUCAAUGCCCAUUACAUCAUUGCCUUUAAUAAUCCUCGUGAUACAUUGGGUUUCCAAACCUUGGCUCAACAAGCUUUUGCAGGGCACGUUCCUUACGUAUGGGAAAGUUUUCAAGAUGCCACCUCGCAGCCGUAUGGUUAUCUCAUGUUGGAUUUACAUCCGCGAACACCGGCUAUCCUACGAUUACGUAGCAACAUACUGCCUGUCUCACAAUNAGGGCACGUUCCUUACGUA